UAUGCGAGAGCUUCCUGCUGCUGGACUUCAUAAUUUUCGUAUUUUAUUCAAGAAUAAAGCUCUAAAGCAAAGCCAACUGAAUAUAAAGACAGAAUGGAUUGGAACGGUAUUCAAACACCACCAACAAAUGCAGCAGAUAUCUUCCGACGUGUAUUGACAAAAACCCUUGAUGGCCUUCUUAAUCAAGUCGAUGGUGUCUCUAAGUACGAUCAAGUUAGAGAGUCUGUAAGACGAAUUUCUCAGAUGUACAGGACAGGGCUGUCUCAUUCAAGCUCUGACUACCGAUCGGAUUGGAAUGACGCUGCUAACCGAUGCGCCUAUGUCUUUCUGUACUUUAUGCAUCACUGUUACCUCGUGCAUCACUCUCUUCAUCAAAACCUGACUGAGAUCUCAAAAACGUUGCAAUACAAGCAGAGUAUGAAGACGUGCAGUAUUGGUGGUGGGCCAGGCUCAGACCUAGUUGGUCUCACUAAAUUCCUUCGAGAUACAAACCUCUUUCCUUCGUCGCUCCAUUGCCUUGUUCUGGAUUUGUUCCCAAACUGGAAACUCACUUGGGAUAUUAUUUACCAAAAUCUACCAGAUGAUUUCCAGGUGACCUACAAGAGAUGUGACCUCGUCAGAGAUACAAGACUUCCAAGUGAUGUCAUCAGUUUCAUCAGAGAUGUAGAUCUACUUACGCUUGUCAAAUCCUACUCAGCAGUUUCAGCAUUCUUCCGAACUGACCCAAACCGAAGAGAAUUACUGCGUUCUAUUCUCAAUGAGCUAAAGCACGGUUGUUUGGUGUUGUUUAUUGACAACAACUACCCAGGUGAUGGUUUUGAGCAGCAAUUUGCUUCCCCUGCUGGUCUUGACUUGAUAUUUCAAUUUCAUGGUAAACCAAAUAUGCCUUUUGGUUCGUACUCGGUUACUAUUAGGAACUUCUGCCAGAAUCUAGAUUUUAGUCCAAUGCGUAGCUGUGAUGUGAUUGUUCGGUUAUUCCGCAAAAACAUACCAAGACAAAAUGGCGUCAGCAAUCUUCAGUCGAGAAUCACCUUGAAUGACAGCGUCUUUCAACCAGCUAAACAUCAGCCUUUACGUAGUAGCUUUCAACCACCACCACUGCCCUUUAAUCAACAGUCUUUUGGGGCAAAUUAUCCCUACAUCAACGCUCCAAUGCGUCAGCCUACUCAAAGCUACCCCCUCUAUCGGCAUUUUCUACAACAUCAGUUUCCUUCAGGUAGCAAUAUCCAAAAUUCACCCACCAAAAGCCAAACUUCUUCAAGCAGCCUCUUCCAAAACUCAACUUCCGAAAUCGAACCUUCAAGCAGCUCUUUUCACCGGCAAACUCUCAAUCACCAGUUUCCUUUAGGUAGAGCCGAACAUCAGUUUCUUAUAGGCAGGGCCUUCCAAAAACCAACUUCCGAACACCAAUCUACUUCAAGCAGCUCCUUCAAUCAACGGCCAACUCUCAAUCACCAGUUUGCUCUAGGCAGAGCUGAACAUCAGUUUUCUCUAGGCAGAGCCUUCCAAAAAUCAACUUCCGAAAGCCAACCGCUUUUCAGCUUCUUCAGAAAGCCAAUUCCCGAACUUGGUUCUCAGAAUGAGGCAGGGCUUGAAUUAUUUGAUCAUGGCAGUUCUCUUGAUUCCAGAGAUGAAGAUGAUGAAGAUGAAGAUGAUAAAGAUGAUGAAGAUAAGGAUAGUGAUAAUGAUGAUAGUGAAUACAGUGAGGAGGAUGAGAUUGAUGCAAGGCAUGACUUCUUCGAUCGUGGUAGUCUUCUUAUUUAUAGAGAUGAAGAUGAUGAAGAAGAUGAAGAAGAUGAAGAUGAUGAAGAUGAUGAAGAAAAGGAUAGUGAUGAUGAUAGUGAAUGUAGUAAUGAGGAUGGUUAUGAGAUUGAUGCAAGGCAUGACUACUUUGAUCGUGGUAUUCCUCUUGUUUAUAGAGAUGAAGAAGAUGAAGAUGAUGAAGAUGAUGAAGAUGAUGAAGAAAAGGAUAGUGAUGAUGAUAGUGAAUGUAGUAAUGAGGAUGGUUAUGAGAAUGAUUCAAGGUGCGACUUCUUUGAUCGUGGUAGUCCUCUUGUUUAUAGAGAUGAAGAUGAUGAAGAAGAUGACGCUGAUGAAUAUGAUGAAGGUAGGGAUAAUGAUAAUGGUGAUAGUGAAGACUGUAAUGAUAAUGGUAGUCCUCUUGUUUAUAGAGAUGAAGAUGAUGAAGAUGGUGAAGAUGAUGAAGAUGAUGAAGAUGAUGAAGGUAGGGAUAGUGAUAAUGGUGAUAGUGAAGACUGUAAGGAUAAUGGUAGUCCUCUUGUUUAUAGAGAUGAAGAUGAUGAAGAAGAUGAUGAAGAAGAUGAAGCUGAUGAAUAUGAUGAAGGUAGGGAUAGUGAUAAUGGUGAUAGUGAAGACUGUAAUGAUAAUGGUAGUCCUCUUGUUUAUAGAGAUGAAGAUGGUGAAGAUGAUGAAGAUGAUAAAGAUAAGGAUAGUGAUAACGGUGAAAGUGAAGACAGUGAGGAGGAUGGUUAUGAGAAUGACUCAGGGUAUGACUUCUUCGAUCGUGGUAGUCCUCUUGUUUAUAGAGAUGAAGAUGAUAAAGAAGAUGAAGAUGACGAAGAUGAUGAAGAUGAUGAAGAUGAUGAAGAUGAUGAUGAAGAUAAGGAUAGUGAUGUUGAUAGUGAAUGUAGUAAUGAGGAUGGUUAUGAGAUUGAUGCAAUUAGGCAUGACUACUUUGAUCGUGGUAGUCCUCUUGUUUAUAGAGAUGAAGAUGAUGAAGGAGAUAAAGAUGAUGAAGAUGAUGAAGAUGAGGAAGAUAAGGACAAUAAUAUUGAUGAUGGUGAAAACAGUGAGGAGGAUGGUUAUGAGAAUGAUUCAAGGUAUGACUUCUUUGAUCGUGGUAGACCUCUUGUUCAUAGAGAUGAAGAUGAUGAAGAAGAUGAAGCUGAUGAAUAUGAUGAAGGUAGGGAUAGUGAUAAUGGUGAUAGUGAAGACUGUAAUGAUAAUGGUAGUCUUCUUGUUUAUAGAGAUGAAGAAGAUGAAGAUGGUGAAGAUAAGGAUAGUGAUAAUGGUGAAAGUGAAGACAGUGAGGAGGGUGGUUUAUGAGAAUGACUCAAGGUAUGACUUCUUUUAUCGUGGUAGUCCUCUUGUUUAUGGAGAUGAAGAUGAUGAAGAUGAUGAAGAUGAUGAAGAUAAGGAUAG